UAGAGCUUAGUUUAGUGGAGGACUUGUUAGUGUUAGGUCAGAGGUUGGACUCAGUGAUCUUGGAGGUCUCUUCCAACCUAGAUGAUUCUGUGAGAGGUGAAAUACAGGUGGAACAGUAAGGGAGGUCGUUCUGACAAGCAAAAAGAGCAGUGCAACGAGGAGCCACGGCAGUUAUCUUUGAUGUUUCUGAAAACCCAGAUGCCAUUGAUCAGCUCAACCAGGGCUUAGAAGACCCUCUGAAGAGACCAGUGGUAUAUGUGAAGGGUGCUGAUGCUGUCAAGCUAAUGAACAUAGUUAACAAGCAGAAAGUUGCACGAGCAAGGAUUCAGCAUCGCCCACCACGGCAACCCACCGAGUACUUUGAUAUGGGAAUUUUCCUGGCCUUCUUUGUGGUUGUGUCUCUUGUUUGCCUCAUUCUUCUUGUCAAGAUUAAACUGAAACAGCGACGUAGUCAGAAUUCCAUGAACAGGCUUGCAGUGCAAGCACUGGAAAAAAUGGAGACCAGGAAGUUUAAGUCCAAAAGUAAGGGACACCGGGAAGAUAGCUGUGGUGCACUGGAUACACUAAGUAGCAGCUCCACCUCCGACUGUGCCAUCUGCUUGGAGAAGUACAUUGAUGGGGAGGAGCUGCGUGUCAUUCCCUGCACUCACCGAUUUCACAAGAAAUGUGUGGAUCCUUGGUUAUUGCAGCAUCAUACCUGUCCUCACUGCCGCCAUAACAUCAUAGAACAGAAGAAGGGAAACACAGGUCCAGUCUGUCUGGAAUCCAUCAACUCAGCACGCAGCCGGCAGCAGAGGGUGAUUCUACCUGUCCAUUACCCAGGCCGAGUGCACAGAGCAAACCAGAUAACAGCAUAUCCCACUCGGACAAGCAUGGACCCUCAUGGAAACCCUAUCACGGUACUUACAGUUGAGAGACAUGGUGAACAGAGCCUCUACCAAGCCCAGUCUGCGGCCUAUAUCCGAAGUUUUCAGCCUAUUCAUUUGGACCAUGCUUUAAACACACAUCACUGUAGCCUGGAACACAGGGCUUAUUCUCCAGCUCACAACUUCCGAAGACCCAAGUUUGGAGGGCGCAACUUUUCCAAAGCAGCAUGCUUUUCCCAAUAUGAGACCAUGUAUCAGCACUACUACUUCCAAGGCCUUAGUUAUCCUGAGCAAGAUGGACAGCCUUCAGCUGGCAUUUCCUCAAAAGGUCCUUCCCGUGCCUUUCAGCCUGGUAGCAGCAUGCUUUUCCCUCCUGUGGUACACGUAGUGCCCUCAUCUCGCUUGGAGAGUGGCAGUACCUCCAGCUUUAGCUGCUAUCACGGUCAUCGUUCAGUGUGCAGUGGAUAUUUGGCUGACUGCCCUGGGAGUGACAGCAGCAGCAGCAGUUCUGGUCAGUGCCACUGUUCCUCUAGUGAUUCCAUGGUUGACUGCACUGAGGUCAGCAACCAAGGCGUUUAUGGGAGCUGUUCCACCUUCCGCAGCUCUUUGAGCAGUGACUAUGACCCAUACAUUUACCGCAGUAAGAGCCCUUGCCGAGUGGGUGAGGUUGGUGGUGCAAACAGGGGUGCAAUUGUUCUCUUGGAGGGCCCCCAUCAGGACGAGCUUCCAGCUCAUGCUCACAGUCUGGUGGGUGUUGACUGCCGGCCUGUGCCAGCUUCUUCCUCAGGGGACCAACUGUCUAAUUGCAGCAUGGAUAUGAACUAUAGUAGUAAUUCCUCACUAGAGCACAGGGAUCUAAAUGGCACUACCUCAGAGGGAGGACCUGAGGCUGCUCCUGGUGCUGCUUUGGAUGUUAAAAUGAACUGGAAGAAUCCAGAGAUAGCAGGGCCACUUAUGGAGCAAGCAUGUGCAUGCUGCCUUGAACUCCAGCACUCUGCCCUGGAGCCUAGAAGUGGGACAGCUGACUGUAGUGCACUCUUCCUGAGCUCUCCGCUGUGGGGAGCAUGUGGCCCAGGGAUAGAACCACAGUCAGGGAAUACCCAAGGCUUGUACAGUAUUAACUCAGACCACUUGCAUAGGACAGAUGGGGUGAAAUACGAAGGGUUGCCCUGUUGCUUCUAUGAAGAGAAGCAGGUAGCCUGUAGUAGCAACAGUGGCAGUGGAGGUGGUGGCUGCUAUACAGAAGACUAUGCAGUGAAUGUGCAGUACACACUUCCUGAUGACACCCUGCCAAGCUGCUAUAAGGGUAUAUGUGAUCUGGGUCAGCGCAUUCCCAUCAUUCCUGAAGACAGAGACUGUGAGCUGAUCCUACCUACAGAGUGCCAAGGGACCCACACAGGUAGCUGUAGUUCCUGGGAUGGGACACCUGAACUAGAUACUUACCUGCACUAUCAAGGUAUAGGAGAGGUACAGGAUGAGAGGGAGGUGUGCUACGAGGCAACAUCUUUCCUUCAGCAGAACUGCUCUCAGGAAGAGGAAGCCAGAAUGCUCUUUCCUAGUCCCAUUCCGAACUCCCAGAAGCUGACAGUGACCACAAAGACCACAGGUGCUGGAUCUCAUCCCAUGGAGAGAAGCAGGAUCAAUGAUUAGACCUGUCCAGAUGACACCAGGUGGAGAAGUGGAGCUUAUGAAAGACUCCAAAUUCUCAUGGACUCCAGUUUUUUUAAGCUUUGACAAACACACAAAAGUGGUAAUGUGGAGAAGUCCCUCCCCCACUUUCCCUACUUUCUCUUCCUCUGUGUCCACAUCACCUUGAUCUCCUUUCUCCGUCUUGCCUGAAGCCUUCAGGCCUCCAUUGGUGUGCAAAGCCCAUGUGGGACAUGGUAUGGAGCAUUCUGAGCUCUAGUGCCAUUUCUAUAUUAAUGACAAAGUGUUAUUUAUAUUUUCUUUUUUAAAGUGACUAUGUCAGCUCUUGCUGAGAGGUAACAUGGUCUGUUAAAUAAGCCAGGCUAUGUGUAGAUGCUGUUACCUCCUACUUAAAGGAGUCCAGCUUUUGAUAAGCUCAGGGCUACACAGCUGCCUUAGAAACCAGAUAGCACCUUGAAAUAAAGUAGUCCAGAGGGAUACAGCUGCUGAAUGGAUGUUCAGAUACCAACUAAUCCUAGUAGCAAAUCCUAGUAGCCAACAAGUUAUACAAGUGAUUUUGAGAGAGGUGAAGGAUUGGACUGUUUCCUUCUUCCUCUCCCCUCCCCCCCUUUCAUGCUGCUCUGAUGAUUUGGCUAGGAACGGUCUCCUGCCAUUGUGAUUAGUUUUAACAGAUUGGGGGUAGGGAAACAGGUAGCUCAGAAUAUUCUCAUUCCCACUUCCUGCUAUAACAUAGACCUCAUUGUAUCUUCUGACUAGUGAAGAAUGUUGUGAGCCCUUCCCUCAAACAGAUGGUAGAAGAAAGUGCUUAGAAAGGGUGAAACCUCUGUAGAUGAUGAAUCUUGCCUUCCAUAGGAAGCUUUUCAGGCACUUGUAGCCCCUGUUCUGGAUGUGAAAAAUGCUGGCAUGUGCAGGAAAACAGAGUUUGCAGGGGGGCUUGUUAGCUUGCCUGGCUCAUUUUGGGAAUAGGUCUGAUGCCUUGUUUCCUUAUAGCCUGCAAGCAUGCCUAAGGGAAGCAGUGCUUGUCAUCCGUUGUGCACGUGGGAAAAUGAGGACUUGUUUUAGUCAUUGUUUCCUUCUUUGCUGUGGUUGAUGUAGCUUCCAUAGUUUGAUUUGUUUUAAAGGUUUCUUGGGCCCAGUUAGUUGUGUUUCAUUUUUGUCUUGUGUACAGAGUGUUCUCUGUACUCCAUUAGCCUGGGCACAUCCUUUUGUUCUUGUACUAGUGGGGACGUUUGUUAUCAUGAGAUAAUGUACGUCAUCACUUCUGAUAGCAAUUGUUUCCUGUGGAAACAGCGGCUUCUGAGUAAGAGGCUACCAUAGCAUGGUUUAAAUUGCCUGUCAUGCUGCAUGUGCCUGAGGACACGGUGUCUGGUGUAUUCUCAGCAGGAAUUCUCCUAAAGGGAAACUGCUUAGUUAAUGCCCACAUUGCCAGUCUUCCAAAAGGAAAAAAAAAAAAAAAGAAAAAAAAAAAAGACUAAAGUUCAGUACACAUGGGAGAUAUUUAAAAGACAUGAAAAAAAGUUCAUGUUACAUUUUCAAACAAAAUGACCUUGACAGCACUGGGCUAAUUGUGAGAACCAGAAAAGUUAACUUGUUUUCUUUAUAAACCCAAAUAUUUUAAAAUAAGCAAAUAACCAAGAAACAACAAAUACAUUUGUUAACUUUUACUUUUUGUACUCAAUAAAUUAGGAAAAAAAAAACCUCUGUUGAAAGGAGUUCACAUUAGAUCUCUCAAAAUGAACAACCAAAUCCAGCUAUUCAGAGAAUUGAUACAAGACAAUAUCUGGGUAUAAAAUUGAAAUAAUAAUUUAAAUAAACACAUUUUCUGUGUAUGAAGGUUAUUGAAAACUUAUUCAUUCUCUGAAUGACUGUACUAAGUGGUAUGUGUUGGGAGAAUAAACUCUAAAAGAUUUUUUUUUUUAAGUCUUACCUUUCUCCUUCCUCCACUCAAAAGCAUUUUACAAGUUAUGGUGUACUACUUGGGUUAUUUUGCUUGAUGUUUUGUGCGGCAUUAUCUAAGGCCACCUACAAUGCAUUGUACUCUGUAACUGCACAGCAUGUUGUGGUAAAAUGUGGUUAUAAAAAAGGUAUUUGAAUGUUCUGGCUCAUGGUGUUCCUGGAUGUACUGGUCUCAUUCACGUGUUGUGGAAAUCUUUGCCAGUUCAACAGUCUCUGCAGGCCUUACCAUAGAGAUAUACCCUACCCUUGGUUUCCGUGUUUGGUUUUAUAUUCAACAUUUAGUUAAUUCCCUGCUACCUGUAUGUGUCUAUACAAUCUAUAGGCCAGUUGGCCAUGAUAGAUGUUUUUUAUAACAAAAUGCCUUUCUACUACUUACAUGAAAAGUUGUCAUUGUGUUUGGCUCAUGAGGCACUAUUUAAAAUGUUUUAAAAGUUAUCUUAUAGCACUUAAAAUUGUUUUGUAUAAAACUUGCUGUAAAGAUUUGUAAUAUGGUCAAAGGGCUCUUUCUCCUUCAUUACCAUUUUAAAAAUGUUUUAAAAGCUAGAAAACAUCUUGUAUAUAUUCUGUAUAUGUAUAGCAGCACAUUUCAUUUAUGGAAAUAUGUUCUCAGAAUAUUUAUUUACUAAUAUAUUUAUCUUAAGCCAUGUUUUAUGUUGAGAGUGUGUGACAUUAUUGUAAUAAUCAUUGAAAAUCACUAACAUGAGGCCCUGUAAAUACAUGAUAAUUGCACACAAAGAUUUUACAGUACUUGCCGACCAAAAAUGAUUUAAGAAAAGUUGUAGUUAGCUGCAGUUUUGUAAGAAAGUGUACAAAUGUCUGUAUUAAAAAAAAAAAUCAAAAACACACAAAAAUACAGUUUUAUUGCAUACA